CACAGGAAGCAUGGACUUUUCACCUCUUGCCAUCCUCCUGUCUCUCCUCUUCACAGCCCUCCUCUCCUUCGCCGCCCGCCGCCUCCUCCUCUCGAGCGACCGGAGCCGCCGGAGGCUCCCACCCGGCCCGCCUCCGCUCCCCAUCAUCGGCAACCUCUACUUGCUGGGCGACCUCCCCCACCGCAGUCUCUGCAGCCUCUCGGCCCGGUAUGGGCCGAUCAUGUCCCUCCGCCUAGGCCUUGUCCCGGCCGUCGUUGUCUCCUCUCCGGAGGCUGCCGGGCUGUUCCUCGGCACCCAUGACGCCAUCUUUGCGAGCAGGCCCAGGAUCCCGGAGGCGGAGCUGGAAUUCUACACCACCAAGGGCCUCGUCUUCACCGAGUAUGGCCCGUACUGGAGGAGCGUGCGGAAACUGUGCACCACGCACCUGCUGAGCGCGGCCAGGGUCCGGAGCUUCGAGGGCAUGAGGAGGGAGGAGGUGGCCUCGCUGGUGGCCUCGCUGAGGGAGUCCGCAGCAGCGCAUGAGGCGGUGGACUUGAGCGCGCAGGUGGAGCGUGCGAUGGAGGACAUGGCUUGUAGGAUGAUACUGGGGAGGAGUACGGACGGCGAGCACGAUCUGAAGGGGAUCAUUCAGGAGAACGCGAGAGUCGCCGGAGUCUUCAACUUGGCCGAUUACGUGCCUUUUCUCAGGCCACUUGAUCUUCAGGGGUCGUCUCGGCAGUUCAAGGCAGUCAGAAGGUCGGUUGACAAACUCCUAGAGAAGAUUAUCGACGACCAUGUGCAAGACACUGCUCAUUAUGACAGCGAACAUCAGCAGGAUUUCAUCGACAUAUUGCUUUCGAUGAUGAACCAACCCAUAGGCCCUCGCGAAGAAAAGUAUAUCAUCGAUCGAACGAAUAUAAAAGCCAUAAUACUGGACAUGAUCUCGGGUUCCUUCGAGACAGCAUCGACCUCCAUCGACUGGGCAUUUUCUGAACUCAUGAGGAAUCCACAGACGAUGGCGCACCUUCAAGAAGAGCUAGAAACCAUCGUUGGCUUGACUAGAAUGGUUGAGGAGUCGGAUCUACCGAAGCUAAAUUAUCUGGACAUGGUGGUGAAGGAAAGCAUGAGACUCCAUCCAGUUGUGCCAUUACUAGUUCCGCGAGAAUCCAUGGAGGAUGCCGUCAUAAACGAAUGCUUCAUACCAAAGAAAUCCAGAAUCAUCGUGAACAUAUGGGCGAUCGGGCGAGAUCCUAGUGUGUGGUCAGAAAACACUGAAAAGUUUGUACCCGAGAGAUUUGUUGACAAUGGAAUAGACGUGAAGGGGCAUCAUUUUGAGCUGCUUCCUUUCGGUUCAGGACGUAGGGGAUGCCCUGGAAUUCAGUUAGGCCUGCUACAAGUGAAGCUUGUUCUGGCUCAAUUAGUGCAUUGCUUCAAGUGGGAAUUACCCGAGGACAUGGUGCCGAGUGAUAUUGACAUGAGCGAAAGGUUUGGCUUAUCAGUUCCAAGAGCUAAUCACUUGUUAGCAGUGCCGACCUAUCGCCUGCUUGUUUAGAUCCCCCAAAAGGCUGCCUUUCUACCUGUCAGUUAGGGUAGCAAUUACCUAGCUUCUGUUUUCUUUUCUGUAUUUUGCCUUAGUUCCGAUUAAGCCUAUCUGCGACUUAUAAGUUCUGUUAUGAUGUAUCCCGCACCGAUGUGAAUGAGAAGCAGUACACCUGAAUACAAGGAAAUAAGAACUACAAUGUUGCUCGGCCUGUUCUGGUAGCAAGACAAUAGCGAAAAUGGAAUUCAUAAGGUAAUUGAGUAUAUUUCAACAUCUUGAUGGACAUUCGCCAUUGUGAUAA